AUGUCCAUGAAGCGUCUCUCAAAGGGCAAACGGAAGGCUUCGUACAACCAUGACAGGAUUGACUCGCCGGACUCCCAAACCUCUGCGAGAGUGCCCGUCAAAAAACCCAAAUGCGCAGAGACAAGACCUUGCCCCGUAUGUCAAGAACCUAUACCCCUCCGCCUCAUGGGUACCCAUGCACAGUUAGAAUCGGAGCGCGUGGACAUGAUCUUGCGGUCCGUUGGAUCGUUGGAGGUGCAUAUUGAAGCAGAGCUCGAAACACCGGGAGCAGGUCCCAGCGCCCCGCGGCGCUCAGCUGUGAAGGCUCGUCAAGUCAUGAGUAAUCGCUCUGCACUCGCUGUUUCGCUACAGCAGACGGACAAGACUAUCAAUGCGAUCAAGCGAAACCGCAAGACCCGCCACGCUAAAUUGCGUGAGAUGACGCGAGAGGACGAAGAGCUGCUCACACUGUACCGAGCGGGCCGGGAUAUUGGCGGUGGGCAGGGCGUAUGUCCGGUGUGUUCAGCGGUGGUCAGGGGAGACACAGACGUGAUCGAGGCACACGUAGACUCUUGUCUAGCGUACGAGGCGAAGUUGAUUGAGGAGAGGAAGAGGCUUGAGCAGGAGCAGCAGGCAUUGGAGGUAGAUGUUGACGGGUGGGAUGAAGGGGAGGAUGCGGAGGGUGAGGGGCGAAUACAUAUCGCGGGCCCGAAUGGUUUGCGAGGGAUGGGCUUCCAUGUCCGGGAACGCACUCAGCAAGAUGUCGAAGAAGACAUCGAUGUGGAGGGUGACGAGGAUAUGUUAUUUGGCGACGUCCAAUUCACAGAGAGUGACGUGGUUGCUGGGAAUGGCCCCGUCGUUCUGUUGGAGGAGGUGGCCUCUACAGGAGACCAGGAAAUAGAAGACAGCGGCGAGGACGACGCGGAGGGAAAGUCGCUGAGGGAGCUAGUAGCCUUGGGGAAAGUGGUCAAACGGGGGCCUGCUGAGGGGUCGCUUGCAGUCGCGACGAAGCCGUCGGUCGAAGAUGCGGCCGAGCUAGGCGACUUGGAUCGCGCAGAGAUGGUCUUGCUCUCGGCGCGUCGCACGGGGAACCCCCGUGACCUUGUGGUUGCACUCGAGGGGAAGGUCAAGCUAUUGGAGUCGAUGCGGGUGCUCUCAUCGACGGCACCCACGUGUCGCAUUUGCUUGGAUCCGUAUAGAGAUCCGACCGUGUCCACCGGCUGUUGGCAUACAUGCUGCCGUGAAUGUUGGCUCAGAUGCCUUGGAUCAACGAAGUUGUGUCCGAUGUGCAAACGCAUCACGGCGGCCACGGAGCUUAGGAGGGUAUAUUUGUGAUGUUUUGCUGCGUGGUCAUCCAUACACUGUCAUGUGCUGCUGUCUGUUCGUUCUUGUCUAUCAUUUGCUUUCAUCGC